AUGUUGUCCGCGUUCCGAGCACAGCCCAUCCUCGAACUCAAAUCACGCGACAAAUCCAAAAUCGAAGCGUUGCUCGCCUAUGGAGACCGCAUCUUCGUAGGACUCAAUACUGGAGCGCUACGUGUAUAUCGCACCGAUGACGAAACCGCCGAGGUCAAAGAUGAAGUUCCUCAAACCCCGACCAAGACCAGGUCGGCAGAUUGUCUGCAUGAGGACGAGAAAUUCAGCAAAAAGCCCGUACAGCAGCUAGCUUUUGUCAAGGAAGCUAAACUACUUGUCAGUUUAAGCGAUGGAGUUGUGUCGCUGCAUGAUCUUCAAACCUAUCAAUUGGUGGAGCGGCUCGAGCGGACCAAGGGUGCCUCAUGCUUCGCCGUGACCAGCUCAGUCGUGACGGAUCCCGAAACGGAUGUCCCGAGUCUGGUGUCGAGGCUGGCAAUUGCAGUGAAGCGUAAGUUACUGUUCUGGACAUGGCAAGAUAUGGAACAAUCUCCGGAAAUCAGCGAGAUCAGCAUGGAAGCGACAAUCAAAAGCAUAAUAUGGGUGGACGGCGUGCGACUCAUCGUCGGCAUGGAUCCAGGGUUCAGCACUGUCAACGUUCUCACGGAAGAGACAACACCGAUAUUGAAGCAGAGCGUCAAACCUGCGACUGACGGCAACCCUACCGAGCUUGCAGGGACUCGAUUUGGCACAGUAACUAGUAGUGGCAUGGGAUACAUGGGCAUGGCGAGCUGGGUGCCAAAGCCGAUGGCAACAGGAAUGUUUGGAGAUCAAGUUCUGCUCGCGAAAGACGUGAAUACCCUGUUCAUCGAUGGCGAAGGUAAUGCCCUGGACAAGAGGCAAAUCCCUUGGGCUGUGGCUCCGGAAGCUAUUGGGUUCAGUUACCCAUACCUACUAGCAUUGCAAGCACCAGACAAGGGCGCAUUGCACAUCCGGAACCCGGACACCUUGUCGCUACUACAGUCUUUGAGUGUUCCAGGCGCUACGGUAUUACACGUCCCGCAGCCAAACAUCAGUCUGGCUCAUCUUGGCAAAGGUUUUCUGGUCGCCUCGGAUCGGAUUAUCUGGCGAAUGGGCGCAUUGCCCUACCACACCCAGCUGGUAGAGCUCGUCGAGCAUCAGCGAUUCGACGAAGCCAUCAGCCUGCUACAACUCCUGGAAGAUACCCUGAUUGACAAUAAGGAGGAUCGUAUUCACGAAGUUAUGACGCAGAAGGCUAUAGCGCUGUUCCAGCAGCAAAAAUAUCGACCCGCCCUUGAUCUAUUUAUCGAUGCAGAGACCUCACCAGAUAGAGUCAUUGCUCUUUAUCCGCGGGUCAUAUCGGGCGCAGGAGCUGAUGCCGAUGCAGCUGAGCACGAAGGCGAAGAGAAUCGAGAGCACGAUGGUGAAAGCCUCAACGAGCCCCCCAGAACGCCCGUCAAAGGCAUAUUUGGCCUGCUGAAAACGCCCAGGAAGCCCGAAUCCGAUUCAGCGUCGAUCAAAUCGCCUGCGCGGGCCGAUGUUGAUAACAUGAGCAUUCGGACUGCUAAGACCGUCAAUCGGGCUCCAGACAAACCGCUGGAGGGAGAAGACCUCAAACUUGCAGUACGAUGUCUAUGCUCCUUUCUCGCGCAGGCGCGAACACAGCUUCAAAAAUUUCUUAGCCCAGAGGGUCAAUUGAAGGAGCGCCCGACGAAAUUUGACGCUGAGACAGGGAAGCCCGCCUUUGCCAACUUGCUACCACAAACAGUUUUCGAGGAAGAUUCUGCGGCCGUCGAUUGGCAAGCAGAGUUGCUGAAGACGGCACAGCUCGUCGAUACUGCCCUUUUUCGUGCUUACAUGCUAGCCAUGCCGUCGCUUGCAGGGUCACUUUUCCGCAUCGACAACUUUUGUGAUCCCGCCGUCGUACAGGCAGCUUUGUACGAAGGCGAGCGAUACAAUGAUCUGAUCGAUUUCCUGCACGGCAAGAAGCUCCAUCGUCAAGCACUCGAGAUGCUCACGAAGUUUGGCAAGGGCGAGGCGGACGGGGAGAUUCCGGCAGGCAUGCAAGGUCCCGAACGGAUUGUCGGAUAUCUGAAGCAACUCCCGCCCGAGCUUGUCGAUGUGAUCCUGGAAUUUGUGCAAUGGCCGAUCCAGGUUCGGCCGGAAGUUGGCAUGGAAGUAUUUGUUGCUGACACAGACAAUGCGGAGAGGCUUCCUCGGGAUCAAGUUCUCAAGUUCCUAGCCGACCACGACAACCGAUUAGAGAUCCAAUAUCUCGAGCACAUCAUCAAUGAGCUGGGCGAGAGGGCCGCGGAAUUCCACCAGAGGCUUGUCGAUGUGUAUGUUGCCGAGCUGAAGCGAAAGGACGUCAUCCAAGAGGAACAGGAGAGACAAAAGACGAAACUUGAAGAGUUCUUGGUCAAAAGCAGAACUUACAACAAAGCUAAGACCUUCAAACUACUUCCAGCACACGACCCGCUAUUCUAUCAGAUCAGAGCCAUCGUGCUCAGCGCCAUGGGCAAUCACAAGCAGGCACUGUCGAUUUACGUCUUCCAGAUCCAGAAUUACGAAAAGGCAGAGGAUUACUGUAAUCAAGUAUAUCUCGAAGAUCAGAUGAGCCAACAGGCCUGUCUAGUGGACGGAGGCGUCUUGCACGAGAAACAAUUCAAGCAGUUUGAACCCGAGAACACCAUCGAGAAGCCGAACAUCUUUGCGAUUCUGCUCGGCCUCUACUUAAGCCCGCCCGCGGAGGAGCAGAAGCGAUGGCCGCAAGCCCUCGACCUUCUGAGCAAGCACGGCGCCCGACUCCCGACGAGUAGUACACUUGAGCUCAUGCCGGACGAUCUGGCAGUGCAACAGCUGCACGACUAUUUCCUGGGCCGCGUGCGUAACGCGACGUCGAUGCUGCGCGAAGAGGCCAUCGUGCGAAAUCUUGAAGGCGUGCGGCGCGCCAAGACCGAGCGGCUGCUGGUUCAGGGCCCGGAUCUCGGGCCCAGCGAUGUCGGCCUCCCCAAGCCACAGGGCCGCAACCGACGUGUCCGGAUCGGCGAAGACGACCAUUGUCGGCUGUGCCACAAGCGGUUCACGGCUGCCACGGCUAUCCGAGUGUAUCCAGAUGACGAACCUAUUCAUUACGGAUGCAUCACGCGUAGCGGUAACAGCCACAAGAGUGAGGGAGGCAUGCAGACGGUCAGCGGCAGCGGCAGCCUGGGCGCUAUGCGGCAAAGAUCUGGCGCAUGGGGAGAUGUGUGA